GGUGGCACCCUUGUUUAUCGAGCAGCCACUCUCACCUUCUUCGUGCAACACGUGUCUCCUGGUCCACUUUAUACGCGUCUACCGAAGACCCUGUUGACGCCAGCAUAUAUAUACACCGGCGACCAACAGCGGUGGAGCAACUCGGAGACACAGAUUGGUAACCGCGAAGAUGAGUCAGGAUCAACCAGAACGACCUCAGGAAGUGCAAAGGCAGCAAAAACAACCUAUAAAAUAUGGGGAUGUAUUUCAAGUUUCCGGUAAACUAGCUGACAAACCGGUGGCGCCACAAGAUGCCGCCAUGAUGCAAGCAGCUGAGACGACGGUGUUUGGACAAACCCAGAAGGGUGGAACCGCCGCCGCUAUGCAGGCUGCGGCUACAAUCAACGAGAGAGCAGGGUUGGUCAGUCAUGAUGAUCUCACCGUCACCGGUGAUCAAGGAGUUGCUGUUACAGCCACCGAGGUUCCCGGUGCCCGUGUUGUCACUGAAACAAUUGCGGGAGAGGUGGUGCGGCGGUAUGUGGAGGCUACACCGAUACUCCAGCAGGAAGGUGGGGUCGGAGAUUUGCAUCAGCAAGGUUUUAUUACGAUCGGAGAAGCACUUGAAGCUGCAUCAAGGACAACCGGGAACAAACCGGUGGAGCGGAGUGAUGCCGCGGCAAUUCAAGCGGCGGAAGUGAGGGCUACUGGCAGCAACCUGGUGAUCCCCGGCGGACUUGCAGCUCAAGCUCAAUCAGCUGCCACUUUGAACGCAUCAACUUGCGAAGAAGAUAAAGUCAGACUUAGUGAAGUUCUUACAGAUGCAACGGUGAAGCUACCGGCGGAUAAAGUGGCUACGAGGGAAGAUGCCGAGGGUGUGUUGAGUGCAGAGAGGAGGAACAACCCUAAUUUAACAGCGCAUCCCGCCGGAGUAGCUGCUGCCAUUGCAGCUGCUGCUAAUCUGAACGAGAAAGUGGUGUGAGACGAGGAGGUUUGCGUAGUUGCAGUAAAUUACCAUGUUUUUUGUAUAUAGUUGUAGUGUUAAACGACUCUCAUG